AUUUACCUCGCCCUGGGCUGUCGGUCUUCAGAUGGAACAGACGAUCCUUACAAAAAUAGAACCAAUGGAUCCCCUGCGUCAUGUCUUCCCAAGUUCCUCAUCGCUCUCUUGUCAAACUGUCAACAGACGCACUCAAAGCACCGGACUGUCAAUAACUACAACAUGAGUUCGCGACCUGUCCGUAUUGCGGGCGCUUCAGGAUCUACCUCUGACCGACGCCAUGCCAUCGCCGAGUUCGCCCAGAACUAUCCCCAGGAUCCCGUGGAUGUCAUCAUCGCAGACUUCAUGAGUGAGGCCAACAUGGUCACUGGGGCUGCCCGUCGCGUGGACCAGGAGAAGGCGCAAGGAAAUCAGGAGCCGGCCCCGCCAGGCUACGAGCUAUCGUUUCUUCUGGCCUUGCAGCCGGCCCUCGAGAACAUAGCCAAGCAUGGCAUCAAGCUAGCCGUCAAUGCAGGCAACGCCGAUACCGAGGGCCUCUAUAAGGUGGUGACACAAAUGGUGCAGGCAAAGGGACUGGGGCUAAAGGUGGCCUGGGUUUCUGGGGACGAGGUGCUUCAAACCGUCCAAACCGCCCUUCGCUCGGGCAAAUCGCAGUUCAAGAACGUAUACACGGGAGAAUUACUGUCGGAUUGGUCAUUUGAGCCCAUCUAUGCACAGUGCUAUCUGGGCGGAUUAGGAGUUGCAGCGGCUUUGGCCGAGGGGGCAGAUAUCGUCCUUUGCGGUCGAGUCUCGGACGCGUCGCCCAUUAUCGGAGCCGCAUACUGGUACCACGGAUGGAGUCGGAAUGAUCUGGAGCAGCUCGCCAACGCAUUUGUGGCCGGGCACCUUAUCGAGUGCAGCAAUUACGUAUCCGGCGGCAAUUUUACCGGUUUCAAACAGCUCGAGCAUGUCGGUCCGGAUGGCUGGUCUAACAUUGGAUACCCCAUUGCGGAGAUCUCGCAAAACGGCCAGGUAGUCAUUACGAUGCAAUCGUAUGCCACUGGUGGUGCUGUGACCGUGGACACAUGCUCAUCACAACUGUUGUACGAAAUUCAAGGGCCGUGGUACUACAAUUCGGACGUUACGGCCGUGCUGGACGACGUCCACUUCGAACAGGUCGGUGUCAACCGCGUCGCUUUGCACGGCGUUCGCUCCGCGCCGCCUCCACCGACAACAAAAGUUGGCAUCACUGCUCGCGGUGGGUAUCAAGCAGAGUGUGUCUGGUUUCUGGUCGGUCUCGACAUCGAUGCGAAAGCGCGCAUGUUGGAGGCCCAGAUCCGCCGCCUCCUGGCUCCAUACUCUUCCAAGUUCACUGCCCUCAACUUCUCCACCUUGGGAGGGAUGGUAGAAGACCCCCGAGAUCAGAACAGCGCCACCGUCACCUUCCGGGUUGUUGCGCAAGCACGCCAGGCGGAGGACCUCGCCCCGGCCAAUUUCCUGCGGCACCUCACCGACAACAUCAUGCAAGGCUAUCCGGGUGCCACGUUCCACUUGGACGUACGUCAGGGUUUGCCCAAACCCGUCUACGAAUACUACGUCAGCCUAUUGCCCCAGGAAGACAUCAAACACCGCGUCCAUCUCCCCUGGAAGUCGCAAACUUUGGACAUUGCCGCCCCACCGCAAACACAAGAAUAUCCGCUGCGUCAGCCAUCUCAGGACCUCACCGCCACCCCGGCCAACCCCGCCGUCGAUUUUGGCCCCACUGUUCGCGGCCCCCUAGGCUGGAUUGUACAUGCCCGCUCUGGUGAUAAGGGUCCGGAUGCCAACUGCGGUUUCUGGGUCCGCCAUAACGAUGAAUACCUCUGGCUACGGUCUUUGCUGUCGGCCUCGAGAGCCAGGGAACUCCUUGGCGAGCAGUACAACACCAAUCCAGACUUGGCGAUUGACCGAUUCGAGCUGCCCCAACUGCGGGGUGUGCACUUUUUGUUCCGAAACCUGCUGGACCGGGGCGUUGGCGUGACCACCACGGUAGAUUUCCUGGGCAAGAACGUCGCGGAGUAUCUCCGAGCGAAGUGGGUGGAUUUACCAUUGCGGUUCUUGAACCGUGGCAAGUUGUAAGGGGAUGUCAAACCACAACUCCAUGUAUAUAGCAUCCAUUAUCGUAGGAGAGAAAUAUAGUUCGUGAAAGCGGGAGGAAAGGCGGUGGAGAGAU